UUUACAUAGUCCAAAUUGGUGGUAAAAAAGAUCAGAAAAGGGAGAGGUACACAAAUGUUGACUUGUCAAAAUAAAUUAAUUCAAUACUUUGCAUAUAAGUCCUUAAUUCUCACAUGGUCUUCAUUUUCAACCAUCACUCUUCCAAUCUUCUACAUAAACACCCACCACACACACACACAAACAAGAGAGAGAAAGAGAGAGAGAAUUUUAGAGAGAGAAACUAUGAGGAAGCAGCAGCAACACAUGGUUUUGAUUAUUUAUUUUUUUAUAGUAAUUUGUGUGCUAGUUGAUGAUAGUUUAGCAGCUGAAAAAGGGCCCAAAUCAGUUGAAAAAUGGUUCAAGAAACUCCACACUUCAAAGGAAAAAGUGACCAAACUCAACUUCUACUUCCACGACGUCGUCAGCGGCAGCAACCCCACCGCCGUGCCGGUGGCUCAGGCCAACGCCACUUUCAAGUCACCGACGCUAUUCGGGCUGGUCUCUAUUAUAGACAACCCACUCACAGUCGGGCCUGGCCCGAAAUCCAAGAUUGUGGGCCGGGCCCAAGGAAUCACCGGCUACACCUCGUCGGAGGAGAUGUGCCUGCUCAUGACGCUGAACUUCGUCUUCACCGGAGGAAAGUACAACGGGAGCACGCUCAGUGUGGUGGGGUCCAAUCCCAUUAACCAAGAGUACCGCGAAAUGCCCGUGCUCGGCGGCUCUGGUGUUUUCCGGCUGGCACGCGGCGUCGCCACGGCGGAGACCGCCAAGUUUAAUCCUAGAUCUGGUAACGCUGUUGUGGAGUACAAUAUCAUGGUGCUUCAUUAUUGAUGACUCAUAUUUUUCGGUUCUUGAAUUUUUUCUUUUCUCUUUUUUAUUUUAUUUUAUUAUUAUAUCCCUUUUUAGUGAUUUUAAUAAUAAUUGAUGAUGGGAUGAGAUUGUUUCUUCUUUCGAUGAUGACGUAGAAUGUAAUCACUCAAGCAUAUUUGAUUACAUGAUGUAUGAUUAUUCAAUUUUCUCAUAA